GCCAUGUGGCUCUACCUGGCUGCCCUGCUGGGGCUUUACUUCCUUCGCCGAUGGUACCAGGAGAGACAGACGGUGGAGAACCUGACGGAGAAAUAUGUCUUCAUCACGGGCUGUUCCUCUGGCUUUGGGAACCACCUUGCCAGGCAUCUGGAUGCCCAGGGUCUGCGGGUGUUGGCAACCUGUACCACACAGAAGGGGGCAGAGCAGCUGGACAAGGUCACCUCAGAGCGCUUGAAAACCACCGUUCUGGAUGUCACCAGUACAGAGAGUGUGGCGGCAGCGACGGAGUGGGUGAAAGAUCAAGUGGGGAAGAAAGCACCUUGUUCUGUGAAGUCACACAGUGAAACUUCAUUUUGUAUUAAGAUAAUUGUUCCUGUCUGA